AUGAGUUUGCCAAAAGUGUUGCUGUUGGUGCUCGUCUUAACUGUGGUCACAUCCACGGCCACAUUGAAUUUGGAAAAGCUGCGAGCAAAAUUCUUCCAAGUGACUAACUCCGAUGGCAACUUACUUUUGCAAAGCUUGAAAUAUUUGCACCGCGAGCCGCCCAUGGAACAGGCGAGCACUCGCGCGAGUGUAGAAACCAAAUGGAUUGAGCAGAAAUUGGAUAAUUUUGAUGACAACAACAACGGGACAUGGAAUAUGCGGUAUAUGGAGAAUGCUGAGUACUUCAAGGAGGGUGGACCGAUGUUUAUUUACUUAGGUGGUGAGUGGUCUAUAUCAGCGGGAAUGAUAAGCAGCGGACAUUUUGUGGAUAUGGCAGCGGAACAUAAUGGCAUGCUCUUCUACACAGAACACCGUUACUAUGGCCAAAGUCGACCAACAAGUGACAUCACUGUUGACAACUUGAAGUAUUUGCACGUGAAACAGGCGCUCGCCGAUUUGGCGCACUUUAUUACCUAUCAACGACAGAACAAUUCUGCGUUGGCAACUUCAAAGGUGAUCAUGGCAGGUGGUUCUUACUCAGCAACGAUGGUGGUAUGGUUUAAACAUUUAUACCCAGAGCUUCUAACCGGCGGGUGGGCUUCGAGUGCACCACUCCUGGCUAACGUGGAUUACAAAGAGUACUUGGAGGUCGUCGGACGUGCCAUAAGCGAAUUGGGUGGCCAGCAGUGCUAUAAUCGCGUACAAAAUGGUGUUGCUGAAAUUGAUGCUAUGAUUACAAAUGGACGCGCAGCCGAAGUGAAAGCUAUGAUGAAGAUUUGCGAUACUUUUGAUGAAACUAAUGAUUUGGAUGUGUGGUCAUUAUUUUCAACUAUCUCGGACCUUUUCGCCGGAAUCGUGCAAUAUCAAUCAGGUAGUGAUGUGUCUGAUCUUUGUAAUUAUCUGCUUGCGCAAGAAGAUGAUGCUACAGCUAUAGCCAAAUUUCUGUUGACCUAUGUAAGCCGAGGUUGUGUGGACCUCUCCUACAAAACUACGUUGAAGUAUUAUAUGGAUUCGACUUAUGCAAUGGGAGCAUCGCGCCCCUGGUACUUUCAGACUUGCAACGAGUACGGUUGGUAUCAAACGUCUACCUCAAGUGAUCAACCCUUCACCAAAGUUCCUCUAGUUCUCUUUACUACCUUGUGUCAAGACGUAUACGGUAGUGAAUACACAAAUGAGAAAAUUAGCGCCAAAGUGGCACAGACCAAUGUAGAUUUCGGAGGUCUGUCCCCGAAUGCGGAAAAUAUUUACCAAACACACGGAGCUCUCGAUCCCUGGAAUGCAGCCGGCCAUACAGCCGAACAUGGCGCUACCAUAUUGCCACUAGCAUCGCAUUGCACCGAUUUUAAGUCGAUUAACAGCAAUGAUACCGCGGAGAUGACUGCCUCAAAGGUAAAACUAGCCCAACUAGUACGGGAGUGGUUAGCCGAUGAGUAGAAUAAGCGAGUAGAGUGUCGAUAAUCAGUAGAAAUAUUAUAUGAUAUUGU